GCUUAUCCGAUGCACCUGCUCCAGCUCGGGGCGGGUCUGAUGAUGUCACCUGGAAUGGGGGAUGGGAGGAAUUCAACGAAGCGACGGACUCCUGGGAAAGUUGCUUUUACACCUGUUGUAGUCGCACUCCUAAAACAAAGGAUUUUAGGAGCUCGAGUUUAAAAAAAGUAUAAGAAUAGUUUAGAUUUUGAACGGUGAACUAAAUAUAUUUCCUUUAUUAUCGAUGGUGAUGAACUAGUUCGUCUCCACGGAGGCUUCCGCGUUGAAAUUGGAAAAAACCCGAAUGGGAAACAUGAUAUUGGUGCUGCUUGUCUUGAGUUUACUGCCGACAGAUGUUUGGCCGAUCCAGGUAGUGGUCCCUGAGCCUGAGCGGAGCACAACCCUGUUUGCGUCGGUGAUCCUGCGCUGUGACUACUCCACAUCAGCCAACCCUCAGGAUGUGCUGGUCACCUGGAAAUACAAGUCCUUCUGCAAGGACCCCGUCCUGGACUACUACUCCACAGCCUACCAGGCAGCGCUACAGCUGAGUCAGGAUCCAGCCAAUGACUGCCCAGACCGCCAGCGCACGGUCCGCACCGUGGUCCAGAAGAGGGGCACCGGCGAGGCCAUGCUGGGGUCAGAGUACCGCGAGCGCAAGAUCAGCAUCCAGAACAAGGCCGACCUGGUCAUAAAUGAGGUGAUGUGGUGGGAUAACGGUGUGUAUUUCUGCUCCAUCGACGCUCCGGGCGACACGACGGGAGACUCGGACCGUGAGAUCAAACUGAUCGUCUACCAUUGGCUGACGGUGCUGCUCAUCAUCUUCGGCGCUCUGGCUCUCAUCCUGCUGUUCUGCGUGUGCUGCUGCCAGUGCUGCCCUCAGAAGUGCUGCUGCUACGUCCGUUGCCCCUGCUGCCCCCAGACCUGCUGCUGCCCCGAGAAAGUGGUGAUGCAGCACAGGAUGAUCCGGGAGGCCCAGAAGGCCAUGGCUCCCUGGAUGCACGGACAGCCCAUCUACGCUCCUAUUGGCUCCCACUCCUCCCAGGGACAACCAAUCCUCUAUUCAGGCUCCUUCUCUGACCACCCCUCCAAGCACGACUUUGCCAUGGGUCCGAUGGGACCCCCACCCCUCCCUCUCCUCCAGCACCAGCCCCCUCCUCAGCCCCCUCAUCACCGUAUCCAUAACAACGGCAGCAUGCACGGGGGCAACAACCAGAUGCUGGAUUUCCUGGAGAACCAGAUGAGGGGAAUGGAGAUGUCUGCUCCUCCCAUGCACCCCGUCGGACAGGCCUACCAGCCCUACCAGCCCUCCCAGGUCUACCAGCCCUUCCCCCAGACCCAGAUCCAGCCCGGCCCACAGGGGGUCCCCUUCACGGCCGGCCCCCCCAGCAUGAUCUCCGCCCUGGAUGAGAUGGGGGUGAGGGGUGUGGAGCGAACGGUGAUCACUCUGCCCCCCAUAGUUCAACGUGGGCCCAGCUUCUCCUCUCGCAGGGGGACGGGAGGAGGGGGAGGAGGGACCAGGGGAGCACCCCGGAUGUCCAGCCAUUCCAGUGGAAGCUCCAACCGCACUAGUGGCGGCGGCGGAGGAAGUCGUUACCCUGACAACCGACGACAGCGUGACCCCUCCCCUCUGAGGCACGGGAUCUUACGCAGCUACAGCGAUGAGUCUGACUGGGAGGACCGCCGAGGAGGGGGAGGAGCCAGGCGGGACGGGGGUGGCUCGUCCGGGAGGAGGUCAAGGGGCGGAUCUGGCCCACGCUCCCGUAGUCGUGACGACCUGAUGGACCAGCUGCGUCGCUCGGCACCGAGGAGAGACAGGAGCUACUCCCCCCCUCCACGCAGGAAGGGAUCCUGGAGCUCUGAGGAGGAGGACAGCCAGAGAGGAGGAGGAAGGGGUGGAAGAGGAGGAAGAGGAGGAGACGGCGCCAAGGGGAAGCCCUGGUCUGAGAACCCUCCUAGUUACUCCUCCAUCGAUGUUCAGCCAGGAGGAGGGAGGAGGAACUAUGACCGUCUGUCUGACAAGAGCUCCCGUAGUGGCACCAGCGUGGUGAUCUGAAGAUGUUUCUACGCCAGGACAGAAGUGAAGGCAGAUGAUUGGCUCCCUCAAGCAGUGGCCACACUGUGAAACAGUUCACCAGGUCACACCUCACACAAACACCUCAACAAAAUAAAUAUAUAGCUAUAUAUGUAUAUAGCUACAUAUGUGCUAUAUUUUAUAGCACAUAUGUGCUAUAAAACAGCACUAGUCAGUAAAAGUAGUUAUGAGAGAAAAGAAAGAAAAGAAGGAGAAGAUCUUAGCUGAUACUAAAUUAUCAGCAGUACUAGCAGAUACUAUCUGAUAUGUGUUUUCUUUUUAUCUUGUCUGAAUUAACUUGAAUCACGUGCUGGAUGUUGUUUGUACGGUUGUUAUGGUUUUAUGUCCAAGUUUUUCAAGUGUUGUACCUGCUGUCUGGUUUGUUUCGGUGGUGGGGUUAGGUUAACAUGGUUCCAAUCUCUGCUCUUGGUUAAUUUUUAACCCUUGUGUUAUCUUCGGGUCAUUCUGACCCAUCAGUCAUUGUGACCCACCGUCGUAUUGCGACGACUUUACCGCAUACAAAAACAAAGUGAAGCAUUUUCUUUUAACCGUUGGGCUGUCUCAGACCCCCCACAUUGCAAAUGUUAAAAGAAAAUUAUUUUUAUUUGUUUUUGUAUUGGGUAAAAUUGGGUAAACACAACGAUGGUUCGUUAUGAACCUUUGGGUCAUGUGACCCGAAGGCAGCACAAGGGUUGAGAUGUGUUGAAUUUUUUGUCUUGUUUUUUUAACACCUUUACUAAUUUCUAACUAUGAAAGUACACAUUUUUGUAAAUAUUUCAACUUCAAUCCUGACACAAAGGUUGUCGGAGCGAUCUAUGAUGAAGGAUGCCUUUGUUUGACCAAGUGCACUGUGUGUAUGUGUGUACUCCAUCUUCUGACUGUAUAUUUUAAUAUACUUUUUAAUGAUGAAUUCCGCAUCUCCUUCAAUGUGUUUUUAAUUGUAUCAACCCAUUGACAUUUGUAACAGACCACAGCUCUGGAGGUGGAGACCAUUGUUGGAUCAGAAAAAUGCCACGGAACUGAACCAGACGUUACGUGUGCAAUUUGUACUUAUUGCUUUUUUGUAAUAUGUAAGGGAAUCCCCUUCAGUGUAAAUAAUGUCAUUUGUACAUUUUCUAUACAUUUAAAAUACA